GAGAUCUCGCCCUGGGGUUCUCUAAAGAUGCCUAUAUGCUGAAUUAUGGUGCGCAUAUUCACGGUGUCGAAGAAAGUCCGAUGCGGAGCAUGGCUGAGCAAAGUCUUUAAGCAAGAAUCUGUCACUCAGAGUUGCUUGGGUGUACCGGGUGGCAGCUGGCGCUAUGGACAAGUCCAUCCCCUCUCUACUGCUGAUUCUGGGCGUUAAAUGCUUGCUAAACUGGACUGUGGUGCUGAGCCUGUGGCGCCACAUGGGCCGGAGCUUCCUGGGGACGUUCUGCGUCUCGCUGUCGCUGGCCGACACGCUCCUGGGACUCGCCCUUUCCGCCAUCUACGGCCUGAAGGACUUCCGUCUCCUGGGCCUGAGGUUCACCCAGCACCACAUCUGCCUGCUGAUCCAGAUAGCUUGCUUCACUUACAGCCUGCUGCACUGGCCCCUCUUCAUCCUCGCCGGACUGGACCACUACUGGACCCAGCGGCUCUGCCCUCACCUCCUGCACUGGUCCCGCAGGCUGGCCUACGCCCUGGGGGUAUGUGUGGUCUGGACCCUGGCCCUCCUCUAUGUCUUUUUGGCUUCUGAUUCCCACCCCGACUUGGAGGAGGACUUUCACCUCCUGCUCCACUCGUGCCUAAUGUCCGGCAGCCCCCAGACCACGCAGGUGUCUACGGUGCUCCUACUGGCUUUGGGCUGCACCUUCCUCUACUGCUACCCAGAGCUGAGAACCGCAGCCAGCGCAGGGAGAGGCGGGGCCAGGCCGGUCCCAAGCGUGUUCCGGACAGGCAGGCCGCUGAGUAGGCACGUCCUGUGGCUGACCGCAAAGCGGUUCCUCAGCAUGUGGGCGCCCUUCAUAGUUUUUCAGUCGGCCGUCCUGCUUCUUCGCGUGGAGAUCCCCGCGUACCUGGACAUGAACGUCCCUUGGCUCUGCUUUCUCAACAGCUUCCUGAUCGGCGCGGUCUCCUGGAAUCGCUUCCGAAACUUUAAUCUCGGGAAGAGCCCCGUGUCCGUGGACGGCUUCUGCGAUUGGGAUUUCGGUUCCAUUUCUGCAGAGGUGAAUGGUGAGAUGGCCUGAGAAUAGAACACCUCAAAGAGGAAAAUGACCACACUGUUACUGUGGGAGGUGUGAGGGGCACUCACUCAUCUCAAGUGGUACAGAUAUGAAUCUGCAUCUUACACUUCUAUUCUUGGUGGUUGUGACAUUUCACUAAAGGAGUGGUGCAUCAAAGUUUUCGAUGAUGCAUCAAAGUCAAAUGCAGAAAACGAACUUACACCUCAUUAGCCAUUGCUUGCAAAGUGGCAGCGCUGAAAGUAGCCACUUAUAACAAUGAAAUUUUGAAUGCAACUUACUAUAUAUAGAAUUGUUUGGUACAGUUAAACAUACAUUAAAGCUCAGUAGGCCGAUAGGCAAAACAAUGUGACAAACAUGAAGCAUCACAUUGUUAAAUUGCACCUUACCGAGAAAGCACUUAACAAGCGAGAAUAUCUGCAUUCAUGUGGUCACCCUUGUCUGUGACACAUUCACGUUUGGGAUCAACGGGCCUCAUUUAUCAAACGUGAGGUGAACAAAUUUGAUUGUAAAUUGUUCGUAAAUGCGUUUAAUCAAACGAUGUAGGAUUUAUCAAAGUUUUCGUAUGUCAAUUUGUUCGUAGGAUGCGAAAAGAUUUCAGGAGUGCUCUAAACUGUUCGUAUUGUGUACGUAAAUGAAAAAAGACCGUUUUAAAGCUUGCUUUGCAUGCUUGUGCUUUUA